AUGUCUGGACCAUCAGCUACAACACAGCAGAUCCACCAUAUCAAACCCGCCGAUCUGGAAAGCUUCGUCCACCGCGUGCUAGUCGCCAACAAUGUCCCCGAAAGCCACGCCUCCACAGUUGCCAGCUGCCUCGUGCAAGCAGAUCUCCGCGGUGUGGACACGCAUGGCGCCAACCGCAUCCCCUCAUACAUGCAACGCAUCCGCCAAAAAGUCCUAGACCCAUCAGCAACCCCAGAACUGCACCAGAUCACACCAAUCGCCGCGCAAGUCGACGGCAAAAAUACCUUCGGCUUCGUCUCCGCCCAGAAAGGCAUGCAGCGCGCCGUCGAAAUGGCCCAGGAAUUCGGCCUCGGCCUCGUCUCCGUCAAGCACUCAAACCACUACGGCAUGUCCGCCUGGAUCGUCCAGCAGGCAAUCGACGCAGGGAUGAUGGCCCUUGUCUUCACGAACUCUUCCCCCGCUCUCCCGGUCUGGGGCGGGAAGUCUAAACUCAUGGGCGUGUCCCCGAUCGCCUGCGGAGCUCCCGCUGGCAAGGAACGGCCGUUCAUCCUAGACAUGGCGCCGUCUGUUGCGGCGCGCGGGAAGAUCUACAAGGCGCUCCGUCGCGGGGAGAAGAUCCCUACGGACUGGGCACUUGAUGCCGAUGGGAAUAUCACCGAUGACCCUGCCCGCGCGCUUGAGGGUGUGAUGCUGCCAAUGGGGGGACCCAAGGGUUCUGCUCUCUCGGUUAUGAUGGAUGUGUUCUCUGGUGUCUUCUCUGGAUCAGCAUUUGCCGGCCAUGUUACGGGGCCCUAUGACCCGUCAAAACCGUCGGAUGUGGGCCACUUCUUGAUGGCUAUCAAGCCAGAUUUGUUUGUUAGCCUUGAUGACUUCAAGGAGCGCAUGGAUUAUUUGUAUCAGCGGGUUGUUGGGAGUGAUAAGAUGGGAGGUGUGGACAGGAUUUAUUAUCCUGGGGAGAUUGAGCAGAUUAUGGGGGAGAAGAGGUUGGAUGAGGGGAUUCCGUUUACGGAGGUGGAAAUUGAGAACUUGAAUAAAGAGGCUAGGCUUGUUGGUGUUGAGCAGCUGAAGUUUUAG